CGUUCGCUUCUGCAACCAACUGCUGGCUCACCAGAAUGAGAAUUUAAAAAUAGAACACGUGGCUGAGAUGUUUGGCGCGGAUUUCGACGAGUACAAAGUGUUUGCGGUUUUCUGCGCGCGACAACAGGCCGCAACAGAUCUCAUUGAACAGGAGAAGGCGAAUAAACCAAAGUUUAUGAAGCACCUCAAU